AUGACCACCCCGAUCCCGAGCCCCCCUGCCAUUCCCUUCCUUGGUCACAUCACGGCCAUCGACAAGGACCUUCCACUCAAAUCGAUCUCUCUUCUCGCCAAACAGUACGGAGAGCUCUUCGAGAUCAAUGUGUUCGGGAGCAAGCGGCUCUACGCGAACUCUUACGCUCUCCAAAACGAGCUCUCUGACGAGAAGCGCUUCUUCAAGAAAAUCCACCCUGGUCUCGAGGAGGUCCGUGUGGCUGCCAAGGACGGAUUGUUCACUGCCAAAGUUCCUGCAGAGGAGAACUGGUACAUCGCCCACCGUCUGCUCAUGCCAUGCUUCAACACUGCUGCCGUUUUCGGAAUGUACGACGAUAUGCUCGACAUCGCUACGCAGCUCAUCCAGAAGUGGGAGCGCUUCGGGCCGUCCGAAAAGCUUGACCCUGCGCAAGACUUCUCCCGGCUCACCCUGGAUGCUAUCAGUCUGUGUGCCAUGUCUUACCGCCUGAACUCUUUCUACCGGGACGAAGCACCGGAGUUCGUGACUGCUAUGGGGGAAUUCCUCAUCGAAUGCGGCCGUCGCUCGCUCAGACCUGGCCUCGUCAAAGCCGCGAUGGUGAACUCGAACGCCCAAUUCAUGAAGAAUGUCAAGAUCAUGGACGAUGUGGUCACUGCAAUCGUCGAGGACCACCGCAAGAAUCCCCCGACCAAGCCAGACCUUAUGCAAACCAUGCUCACUGGCGUUGACAAGGAGACGGGUAAAAGGCUCGAAGAAGAACAGGUGAAGGUCAAUUGCCUGACCUUCCUCAUCGCUGGUACGUCCCUUUCACGCAUGCUAACUUUCAUGUGCUAUUACCUCCUCAAGAACCCUGAGGCAAUGCGUAAGCUGCGUGAAGAGAUCGACACAACUCUCGCCGGCCGCCCGUUUACGAUCAAGGACAUCAACAAACUUCCUUACCUCCUCGCUGUCAUGCGCGAGACACUUCGCCUCUCUCCCACGGCGCCAAACCGAACCGUUGCGCCGCUAGAAAACACCGUGAUCGGGGGAAAAUACGCUGUCGAGAAAGACACGCUCCUCAAUAUGAACAUCUAUACCAUGCACAGGGACCCAGCGGUCUGGGGAGAAGAUGCCGAAGAGUUCAGGCCCGAACGUUUGCUGGGCGAAAAGUUCGACCAGCUCCCGCCCAAUGCUUGGCAACCGUUCGGAUUUGGCUUACGGGGAUGCAUUGGGCGACCUUUUGCCUGGCAAGAGGCGCAGCUCGUCAUGGUCAUGAUUAUGCAGCACUUCGACCUCGUUCUCGAUGACCCGUCCUACGAGCUUCAAAUCAAGCAGACGAUCACCAUCAAGCCCAACCACUUUUACAUCCACGCCAUCCCGCGCAAGGACCGCCCAAGACUCUCCGUCGGCCAAAGCGUUCCUGCGUUGAUCGGCAAGCCCGCGGAGGCUUCCCCCGGAGUGGCGACGGGCGCCGCUAACCUUAAGCCCUUGUACGUGCUCUACGGCUCUAACACUGGGAGCUCGGAGUCGUUCGCCCAGCGCCUCGUCUCCGCCGCUCCCUCUCACGGCUUCCACGGCUCACUCAAGCCACUCGACCUCGCUACAGAGCACCUCCCCACCGACGGCCCAAUCCUGAUCGUCACCGCGUCGUUCGAGGGCCAGCCCGCGGAUAAUGCUAAGCACUUCGUCGAGUGGCUCGAGAACGUGAACGCGCCCACCGGGUUCGUCGGCGUCCAGUUCGCCGUCUUCGGCUGCGGGAACCGCGACUGGACGGUCACGUACCAGCGCAUCCCGACUCUCAUCGACAGGGUCCUUGCAGAGCACGGCGCGACAAGGCUCGCGGCGCGCGGGGAGGGCGAUGCGUCCGGGCCCGAGUUCUUCGACUCGUUCGACCAGUGGGAGAAGGCGACUUGGAAGGCCCUCGGCGAGGCGUACGAUGUGACGACCAAGACAGAGAGCGUCGGGCUCGACAUCAAGGUCUCGUCAGGCAGCAACGGUCGAGCGGAGGUGCUUCGCCAGCGCGACAUGGCCUUCGGCACGGUCGUCAGUAGCAAGGUCCUCACCGCCCCAGGUGCUCCUCCGAAGAGGCAUAUUGAGUUCGAACUCCCAGAGGACAUGACUUACCGAGCGGGAGACUACUUGGCAAUUCUGCCGUUGAACCCAGAGCGCGUCGUCAAGCGCGCUCUGAGCCGUUUCAAGUUGUCCGCAGAGCAGGAAGUUGAAAUCAGCUCUGCGGUCCCGACAUCGCUUCCGACUAGCAAGCCCAUCGCGAUCUUCAACCUAUUGAGUGGUUACGUCGAACUCCAGCAGCCCGCCACUCUGCGUGACCUCGAGAUCCUUCUGCAGGCGAAGAACUCCGACGCGUCCACCGCUGCGCUCAAAGAUUUGGUUGCCAACUACGCAAGCAAGGUGUUCACUUCCCGCCUAAGCGUCCUCGACAUUCUCGAGGACAACAAGGACAUCGACGUCUCGCUCUCGACCUUCCUUCAGAUGGUGCCCGCAAUGCGCAUCCGCCAGUACUCCAUCUCCUCGUCACCGCUCUGGAACCCGCAGCAUGUGACGCUCACUCUUUCCGUCGUCGACGCCCCCGCGCGCUCCGGCCGCGACGAGAAUUUUCUUGGCGUCGCGUCGACCUACCUCGCUGGUGUCCAACCAGGCCAUAAGGUGCAGAUGGCGGUGCGCAGCUCGAACGCCGCCUUCCACCCACCCAGCGACCCCACGGUGCCGAUGGUCAUGGUCUGCGCCGGCUCGGGCCUCGCGCCGAUGCGCGGCUUCCUGCAGGAGCGCGCGGAGCAGAAGAAGGCGGGCCGCGAGGUCGCGCCGAGCCUGCUGUUCUUCGGGUGCCGCCGUCCGGGCGAGGACUUCUUGUACUUUGACUCGGACCUCAAGGAGUGGACGGAGCUCGGGAUUGUGGACGUCCGGCCUGCGUUCUCGCGCUGCAUCUCGGACUCGUACGAGUGUCGCUACGUGCAGGACCGUAUCGCUCACGACAAGGAGGACGUCAACAAGGCUUUCGAUGCAGGGGCUAGGUUCUUCGUUUGCGGUGUCGGGAAAAUGUCGACUGGCGUGAAGGCCUCGAUGCUCACCCUCGUCAAGGAAAGGACCAAGACAGACGACGCUGGGGCUCAAGCCAUCUUUGACAAGGUUCUGAAGGGCCGUUAUGCCACCGACAUCUUCGAGUGA